AUGGCUGGUCCCUGGAUUGUGGAGGUCAACCAGUGUCUGAACACUACCACACCCCACAAUCACUUCACCAUUAAGGGCCUCAGCAGCGAGGCUGUGUACUUCCUCCAGCGGGUGAUACCCCAGCGCGGCCUCCUAAAACGACCCGGCCAACUCCCCCUCCGCUGCAACGAUGUGACCUCAUCGUUCGAGUCCAACGUUCCAUCCGGUGUCAGUGGCUAUGAGUGGAAGUCCAUCAGCAUCACUGAGUACCCUUACUCUGGGCAACUGGUGUGGUGUCUGGGCCAGUAUAGCCUGCCCAUCCAGGCAUACAAGCACUAUGUAGACGGUGCCAAGCAAGACGGUCUCUUCUUGGGCGCACACAAUGUCUCAACUUGGGGCUUGAAGUUGCAGUAUGGAUCUGCUAGCAGCGGUGGUUAG